CUCUUGCCUCUACCACCAUCUUGUAUAUCACCCUUCUUGCAGAACCUCACUCACACACGCCCUCGAGGUCUGCUAGCGUGCCGCAUAUUUGCACGAAGCGCUAUCCGUCGCGGUAGUGAACGACCGCAGCUUCGAUGUCGACUGCGAGUCUGUCCAAAGACGAACAAGACACACUACGACUUCUCGUCCAGCAUGUCUCGCGCGCGUUCUACGAACCCAAGUACACGGUGGUCAUGGAUCAGCUAGCUCGCCAUCCUGUCCUCAAGGACGACGACCUCGCGGGGCGGAUGGGCCUGCAGCUGAAGGAGCUCAACAAGAUUAUGGCAGUGCUAGAGGGCGACCGACUGGUCAAGAUCCAUCGCCAAAAUGAGCUCAAGGAGGGCGCACAGCGCUCGGUCGGCCGUCAGUACUUCUACAUCGAUUACCAGCAUUUCUGCAACGUAGUGAAAUGGCGGAUUGCCGAGGUGCGCAGGAUAAUUGACUCGUCCCUGCGAAAUGAGCUCGAUAACAAGGGAUACAUCUGCCCGCAGUGCGAUAAAUCAUUCUCUCCCCUCGAAGCCGAUAAACUCAUCGACUUCUCCGCUGGGACGUUCAACUGUGACGUAUGUCAUGCCGAACUCGUUGACAACGAGAACGCGGAGAGCGUUAAGGGCAGCCAGGAUCGCAUGCUGCGGUUCAACCGACAAAUGCGAUUCAUCCGCGAAGGUCUCCGCCGCACUGAGGAUAUGGUGCUCCCUGCGUUUGACGUGGCCCUCUGGGUCAAAACCCACAUCAUCGACGCCGAAAAGGCCAAAGCAGCCGCCCAGAACGGCGGCCUCAAAAUUGCCGGAUCUUCAGGCGACACGAAGCAGGAGGAGGCUUUCGGUAUCAUGCUCUCCGUCGACAAAGAUGAAGCGACGCGGAAGGAGGAGCGCGACCGCGAGGCGGCUGCGAAGCGCCAGCAGAACCUCAUGCCAUCGUGGCAUCUCAAGAGUACGAUCACCGGCGACUUGACUGCGCUCGGUGUCAAGGAGACUUCAAGGACGGAGGACGGCCCGUCAGACGCGAACCGCUUGCCAAGUUCGAACGAUACGAUAUUGAAGGGAUUGGGUGUCGUCGGUGGUCCACCCGCACCUCAGACAAAUGGAGUCGAUGUCAAGCCAGCAGUACCGGUACAGGUGCAGACACGGGAAGCCGACUACUACGAUCAGUACUACGCGUCACUCGCUGCGUCGGCAGCGACAUCUGCACGAGCCACGCCCGCCAUGCUCACACUGGACGGUGAUUUCGGAGAUGAGGAAGAGGAAGUGAAGCCGUCGUUGGAGUAUCUGGACUCACUAAACGGGUAUCGCAAACGGUCACGGUCCCGGGAGGACGUGGAUGAUGGUAUGAGCUCGGUGAAGACUCCACGUCUUAACGGCUAUGAGUCCGUGCAUGAGACGACGCCUUCCGCGCCGGAUCCUGCCCGGCGGAAAUUUGACGCAAGAACCUUUGCUGGAGAGCCAAUACGCCUCUCCGAAGUGACGGAGGAGCAGCAGGAACAGAUGACUGCUGAAGAGUAUACAGCGUAUUACGAGGUGCUCAUGGCGAACUCGUGACAUCUCACUUUUAGGGAGCUUGGGUUAUCGGACGGACAUUUGUGCAACGCGUUCACACAUGAUGGCAU